AUGGUUGUUUUUUAUCUGUUAUUAUUAGUUAAUAUCUGCUCGAUCAUCGCCGAAAAUGAACUUCAAUUCGUUUCGUAUAAUGCGUCUUUACAAACUAUGAGAGUUCAUCAAAAUGGCGAUGAGGCAUUUGAUGCAAUUGUUGUUGAUGAAGAACAAAAGCAGAUCAUUAUUGGAGCAAAAAAUGCAAUCAUUCGAUUGUCCUUGGAUGAUUUUCAUGUUCGGGAAAGAUUCAUCUGGGAAUCGCAAGUCGACGACGCAAAUAUCUGUCGGAAUCAAGUGAAAUUAGUGAAUGAAUGUGAAAACUACAUUCGUGUUUUAGCACUUCGUCCUCGUGAUCGAUCUUUAUUGGUUUGUGGAACGAAUGCUUAUCAUCCAAUUUGUACAUGGCGUCAAUCAGAUUCUCUGACAACAUUGGUUUCAAAUGAAAAUCUUAUUUCAGGAGAUGGAAAAUCUCCAUUUAACAGUCACUACACAGCAGUAUACCAUCUAAUUGAGACAGGAGAGUUCUAUUCUGCGACAAAUAACGAACCUGUAUUUGGCAUUCAGGAUUCAUUGAUUCAACGGAGCUUCAGUCAAACAAAACAACUACGAACACAACAACAUGAUUCAAAUUGGUUAAAAAAUCCAUAUUUUGUGCGAAUUUUGAGUAUCAAACAAUAUAUUUACACAUUUUUUCGUGAAAUUGCUCUUGAACAUCUUUCGUGCGGAACAAAUAUUUACUCUCGUGUGGCACGAAUAUGUAAAUAUGAUGAUGGUACAAUGAAGUAUAGUGAUACAUUUCGUUCCUUUUCAAAAUUACGAAUUCAAUGUUCGAAAAAAUCAUCGAAUGAAGUGACUUCAUUUGAUUUCAACGAAUUGCAAUCCAUCUUCUUUGAUUCAUCGUCGAACUUGAUCUAUGCUGCAUUCAAUUUACCCAAACAUGGUUUACUCGGAUCAGCAAUUUGCGUUUACACAGUUGAAGAACUCGAAAAUAUCUUUAAAUCACCAUUUUUGACACAAAAAUCCAAUGAAUCGUUUUGGUUACCAUCACCAGCAAGACAAGAAACUGAAAGCUGUGACGAACGUGGACUGAAAGAUGAGUCAAUGACACCAUUGGGUCCUGUCCUUCGAUCAGGUGUUCUUCAAUCAUCAGUCAAUGCUCUAGUAUUGAAUGAUAUUCAUAUUGGUCACUUGUUAGUUGAUCAGUUAAACGGAAUAACGGUUUUAUUUGUAAUAACUCUUGACGGUUUAUGGUUAAGAAAAUAUUCAUUGCUAUCUGAUCAAACAUUAUGUCUAUUAGAACAAAUUGAUUUAAAACCACCGAUGGUAUCGAUAGACAAUUGGAAAAUAAAUAAAGCAGAGUUGAUAGCAAAAACAAAGGAAAUCGUCAUUACAACUCACAUUUCUGUCCUGAAGAUACCUGUUGCACGCUGUGAUCGAUUGAAAACCAACGAAAUUUGUUCGGCAUUCAUGGAUCCUUACUGUACGUGGGAUAAUGCUCGACAACAAUGUGUAUUUUCGAAGAUUUCAUCAUUGAUGACUUCGUCUGAAAGUUUUAAAUGUCCAAAUGUCGACAUUAUAAGUAAUGACGGCUGGACUUCUUGGUCAGAUUGGUUUUCAUGUGAACAAGAGACGGGUGAGAAAUGCCAAUGCCGAACACGAACAUGUACACAAGCAAAGGAUCGAUUGAAUGCAACUCUAUGCCAAGGACAACGUAUUGAAAUGAGUCAAUGUGAAAUUCACGGUGGUUGGUCACCGUGGAGUGCUUGGAGUAACUGUCCUCAGGUGUGUGGUAAAUUCCUUCGAUCAAGAACACGAACUUGUACAAAUCCUUUACCGAGAAAUCAUGGCCGAGUUUGUAUUGGUCCGGAACGAGAAGAAGAUUGGUGUCCGGAAAUUAUUUGUUCAAGUGAUUCAUCACGAUUGAGUGCUUGGAGUGAAUGGAACCAAUGUUCGAAGUCCUGUGGUGGAGGAAUACAAAAGCGAACACGAACUUGUUUAGUUGAUAAUGAGAAGUGUCACGAAUGUUUACAAGAGACUCGUCCAUGUAACCAACUCCCUUGUCCAGUUGAACAAGCAAUACUUUGGAGUAAUUGGACACAAGUUGGAUUGAACAAUGAAAUCAGUAGUGAUGACAUUAUAAUGGAAUCACGUACUCGUUUUGUUUGUUCCAUGAUGGUCAAUCAAACAGUAUUAGAUAUCAAAUCGGAUCAAACUAUGUUUCGCGUUUGUGAUAAUGGACGAAACGAUUGUGAAGAAAAAGAGUCACUUGGUCAAUGGUCUCAGUGGUCCGAUUGGGGUCAAUGUUACCCAUCUUGUGGUACUGCUGGAUCAGUUCAGACUCGUCGUCGACAGUGCAUGAAUAAUCAGUGUUUUGGAAAAGAAAUUGAGAAACGUGACUGUUCAAUUUGUCCUUCUCAUUCAAAAAAUAAUUGGUCCUGCUGGUCAGACUGGUCGCAAUGUUCAGCGUGUACUUCAUUUCAAUUUUAUUCAACGAAGUACCGUACUAGAUUAUGUUUAACAAAUUCUUGUGCUGGUCUAUCGCGUGAAGAACGCGCCUGUUCAUGUCCUUUCAUUUCUCCUUUUUUCGAUGAAUAUCGAUUCACAUUGAUUCAGACGCUCUUCAUCAGUUUAAUCUCGUUUCUCUUCGGUUGUUUACUAAGCCUAUCAGUAUGCGCAUUAUACAAUCGUCGAUAUAGCUCAUCCAAAUCUUACCAAAGAAACUUCGCGGAAUAUCUUCGUGAAUCAACAUCUAACUCAUCCUCAAGUCCACAUACAGCGAUCGACUCCGAUACAUUCACAACUUUAUCAAAUCCUAAUCAGAAUUCAAUGAAAUUUCGAAGUUUUGAUUCGCCGAAUUAUUUCAAAGAUAUUCCAUCAAGAAAAUUGAAUUUGUAUAUGAAUCCAAGAGAUAUUCCACCAUCACCACCACAACCAACAUUGAAGAGAACAUCAAUGAUGUCUUUGAUGAAAACAAAUCUGGAUGCAGAUGAUUUAUAA